ACCAGCAGGAGCGCUGCGCAUGCACUUCCUCCCUCCUGUUGGUCUGAGGAGAGGAGCCCAGCAGAAAGAAGGAGGGCGUCUGUGAGCAGAAAGGAGAGGCAAAGAGGAGCAGUGCGGCUUCUCCUUUUACUAUGAAACAGGCUCUUUACUCCUGAUGCGCGGACGCGAGAGGAGAUGCAGUCAAAGCUGGGGCUGCGACUGACGGGGUGCUGAUUUCAGCGAUUAUAUCGGGUUUUUCACGAUCAGAGAAGCGCCGCUUGCCGAGUGUUUUUUAUUUAUUUGUUUAUUAUUUACCCCCCACUGGUCUAUAUAUAUUUAUUUUGGUUCAAUAUUUCCUGCAAGGGGAGAAAAUCGCCUUCAUUUUCCGCUGAGAGUUACGUAACAGAGAGGCUUUCGCUGUCCAAGGUGCUGAACGGCCGAGCUGAGGCAGGGGGUGGGGGGGGAUCCUCAACCUUGGAAGGUCACAGGCCUGUGAGUCGUGAGGAGAAGCUCUGCACCCUCUGAGCAGACGGGAGGCUAGCUGGGUUGUAUUCUGAUUUUUCGACCCCCCUCCACCCUCCAUCCAUCACCACCGCUGCUGAAAUAGAUCUCCGAGCCGAGCUGGGAGAAAAAUGUCGGGGCAGACGCUGACGGAUCGCAUCGCCGCUGCGCAGUACCAGCUGACGGGAUCAGACAUGGCCCGGGCUGUCUGCAAAGCCACCACUCACGAAGUGAUGGCGCCCAAGAAGAAGCACCUGGAAUAUCUGGUGUCAGCCACCAACACCACCAAUGUAAACAUCCCUCAGAUGGCUGACACGCUGUUUGAGCGAUCCACCAACGCCAGCUGGGUGGUAGUCUUCAAGGCUCUUGUCACCACUCAUCACAUAAGUGUCCACGGCAACGAGAGGUUCAUUCAGUACCUGGCGUCCAGGACCUCCUUGUUCAACCUCAGCAAUUUCAUUGACAAAACUGGCUCUCAUGGCUAUGACAUGUCGACAUUCAUCAGGCGAUAUGCACGGUACCUGAACGAGAAAGCCUUCGCCUACCGCCAGAUGGCUUUUGACUUCACCAGAGUCAAGAAAGGUGCUGAGGGCGUGAUGAGAACCAUGACCACAGAGAAGCUGCUGAAAGGCAUGCCUGUGCUGCAGACUCAGAUCGAUACUCUCCUGGAGUUCGAUGUGCACCCCAAGGAGCUGAACAACGGGAUCAUCAACGCUGCCUUCCUCCUUCUCUUCAAAGAUCUGGUCAAGCUGUUUGCCUCCUACAACGAUGGGAUCAUCAACCUGUUAGAAAAAUUCUUCAAGAUGAAAAAAAGUGACUGUAAGGAGGCCUUGGAGAUCUAUAAGAGGUUUCUGACCCGGGUGACAAAAAUUGGGGAGUUCAUGAAGCUGGCUGAGACAGUUGGAGUUGACAAAAACGACAUUCCUGACAUCAACUACGCUCCCAGCAGUAUCUUGGAGUCUCUGGAAACGCACAUGAACGGCCUGGAAGACGUAAAAGGUGGAAAGAAGGGUGAAGGGUCUCCAACAAAGGGGUCUCCAACAAACAACGUGUCUCCAACAUCGACUCCCGCCAAAUCCUCCAAUGCCGUCCCCACGCUGCAGCCUCCUCCUGGGGACGGGGGUGCUGCUGCUGGUGCUGCUGCUCCUGAACCAGCUGAAGAUUCUCUGUUGGACCUGGAUCCUCUCGCCUCCUCUGGUCCCUCAGCACCAUCAGCUGCCCCAACAUCUUGGGGAGAUCUUCUUGGCUCAGAAAUGGGCGACUCCUUGCUAUCUGAACCCCCACUCGCCGCAGAGCCCGCCCCUUCCUCUGCAGCAGCAACGCCCACCCCUGCGGCGGCAGAACCCGGAGGUUCUCUAGCUCCUCCCACUAGCACAGCAGCCACCACUUCCCCUGGUGCCGCCAAUACGGAUCUAUUGGGAGAUGCCUUUGCGACGCCUGCUCCUGCCGCUGAGGCCACUGCUGCGGCAGCAGAGGGUGGGGCCGCCGUUACGUCCACCCCAGCCUCAAACGCUGGAGCUGAGUCCACAGGAGGCGACGCCUCAGCAGCUGCUGCUCCUGCUGCUCCGGGUUCUGAGCUGAUGUCAGGGGACCUAAUGAAGCCCACUGUGACCCCACAAGCGGGUGAUGUUGACACCUCCAUGGCUAACAUGGCAAGUAACCUCACGAUGGGAACAGCAGCGGCCCCUCAGGUAGCUCCCCCCAGUUGGGGUGCUCCCAUGGCUGGGGCACCAGCUGCCGGGGCGCCGAUGAUGCCCAUGGCCAGACCAGGCUUCCCUGCCACUGGAGCAACCCCAGGAGCACCGAUUUCUCCUGGAGUGGCCCAGAGCCCCAGAAAGCCCCCACCACCCAGGAACGCUCUGGAUGACCUCAAUAUUAAGGACUUCAUGUAGACUGCCUGACCCAUAAAUCCAAGGUUUGUUGUUGUGUCUGGAGCUCUGUGGAUACGGAUGUCUGCACUCCCCCGCCCCCUCCCUCGCUCUUUCUAUGCCAACCAGCCAUCAUCUCUUGACCUCCCUCCUCUCUAACUUGUUACCAGCCUCACUCCCUUCCUUAUCUAAUGUUGUAGCACAACUGUGAAUAUGAACCCUAGGUACAGAAAAAACAACAACCUGAAUUUAAGUGUGUGUGGGUGUGUGUAUUUCAGUGUUAACCUUUAAUUAAUAUACUAUGGAAAAAUUAAACAAAAAAAAAAAACUCAAUUAAUAUGUGUAGAUUCACUCAGCAUAUCAGCUGACUUGGAAUGGUGGAUAUACUGUAUGUUGGUUUCUUUGCGCAUCAUCUCCCAGAUGAGGACUGUGUUAAUAAAUGUUGGACUGUGUUCAGUGUAACUUCACUCGCUAACUCCCACUCCUAUCUCUCUGCCCCCCCCCAAAACUAAUACUGAGCUAUGUUUAAAUGUAAUUAAAAACUUGGGUGUACCCAUGUUUGCUUGGUUGUUCAUCCUCUCACAUGUGCACCUUAACUUCUGUAAAACAGCUAAUCAAAAUGCAUUGUAACCGAACUUGCACUGUUAACCCGGACACAUAACUGAGCACAUCAGUGUUCAGUUGAACUUUUUACUUUUCUGAUUGCUUUGGGGUUAUACGCAACAUGCAAAAAUUUGUGAACUGCGUUCAAAUUGGCAUAUGCAUUUUAGGCUAUUUUAAAUCAUAAAUAAUACAUAUUUUCAGUGAUAUUUCUUGUGAAUAUAUAUCUAUUUUUGGUUACUUUAAAUUAUAAGAUAAACCGAGGUCAUACAUUUCCCCUCUGUGCUUCUCUUGGUGUUGCCAGAAUGGGUUCUCUUGCGACCCCUGGUGGUGUAAUAUGAUACUGCAUCACAGCAGGCUGCAUGGGUCAAAGUGGCAUUUUAACUGUCAGUGAGCUUCAGUCCUUGUAUCAACACAAAAAGGAGUUCAUGUGAAAGACGAAAGUCAUGGGGAUUCAACUUUUUUUGUGUCAUUUUUGUCUCCAAAGUCUUAGACUUGCUGUAAGACAUUCAAAUGUACACUGGACGUUUCUCUGUGUUACUUGCUUUAAAAAAGUAACUGUAUCUUAAUCCAUUGUGACAUUAAAUGGUAUUAAUUGUUGAAAAAGAAAAAUGAGUAUGACACAUAAAAAGUAAAUGAAUGUGGAUACGUAACAGUUUUUGUUGGGAAUUCAUAUGAAGGCUGUUUUUUCUUGUUAUUGUUGUUCUUUUUGUGAUUUUUACAACGGAUGACAUCGUCCCCCCCCCCCCCCCACCUGCAUGUGAGUCCACAGUAGAAACAAUUAAAGAUGAACACACUGAUGGAAAUGA